CCAACUCCUGGAUUCCCACACAGUCUCUCUAAAGGAAGUUUGUGUCGUGGAUGUGGUCCAUAAUGAGGGUGCUUGGGGGGCUGUUACUGCUCCUAAUUUUGCAGGUUUUUACAGGAAGCACUUCAGGGACACUUGUCUCCAGCUGUGACUCAUGUCAUGAUGAAGCCACCUGCCUGGAGUCACAAGAACGAGGCGACACUUUCACCAGCCAGGCGGUCUCUUGUGUCUGCAAAGAUGGCUUUGUGGGUGAUGGUCUUACCUGUUACGAUACAAAACUCUGCAGUGACUCCUCUUGCUGUAGCCAAGGUUAUCACUGGUCACCAGACAGGGGCUGCGUGGACACUGACGAGUGCUCCCUCCCAGACUCACCCUGCACCCCACUUCAGGUUUGCCAAAACACACAAGGCUCUUUCGAGUGCCUGCAGCCCUCCUCCAGAGCCAGAAUGGGAAACUCUUCCCAAUCUGUCCAGUUUAGCUGUGGAAACACUGUUUGUCCUGUAGGCAUGGAUUGCAUCCGUAACAAUGGGACUCAACGCUGCGCUGACCCCUGUGAGCACUACACUGUACUGGAUGAUGACUGGCGUUCGACAAAUAACACAUCAAAUGAGAUCCAACACUGUGACCGAAAUGUGAACUGGCAAGGCUGGUAUCGCUUCUUCCUGGGGCAAACCAGUGCUCAUAUUCCAGACAGGUGUAUAGGUGAAAACAGGUGUGGAACCCACGCUCCUAUGUGGAUAACACAACCGAAUCCCACGCAGCCAGACGAAAUUGUGACUCGUACUGCUUGUAAUGCAUGGGCCGGCAGCUGCUGCUUUUUUACCUCAACCACCAUCCAUGUGAAGCUCUGCUAUGGAAACUACUACGUCUACAAACUUGCGAAGCCAACUGCAUGCCAGGUUGCAUACUGUGCAGAGGUGAACAGCACCAGCCCUGCAGUUCCACCAACCACACCUUAUCCAUACAUAUCUGCUGAAAGCCAGUCAGUCCCUCUCACUUCAGCAACACCAACAGUCGACAACAACACAGGAGUUGAGGGGGAGGUCCGCCUGGUCAACGGAGGAAACAGCUCCUGCUCUGGCAGAGUAGAGAUCUUCCACAGUGGACAGUGGGGGACGGUGUGCGACGAUGCCUGGGACCUGCUUGAUGCUCAGGUGGUGUGCAGACAGCUGGGCUGUGGCAGGGUCCUGUCAGCACCACAAGGUGCACGCUUUGGACAGGGCAGAGGGCCCAUCUGGUUGGAUGAUGUCAUGUGCAGAGGGAGCGAAUCAGAGCUCAGCGAGUGCAGACACAGAGGGUUUGGAUCUCACAAUUGUGGUCACAAUGAGGAUGCUGGUGUCGUCUGUGAAGCUCUUUCACCAGUGAGGCUGGUCAACUCUGACAACCGCUGCUCUGGCAGAGUGGAGAUCUACCAUGAUGGACUGUGGGGGACAGUGUGUGAUGAUGGCUGGGACCUAAACGAUGCCAAUGUGGUGUGCAGACAGCUGGGCUGUGGCUCUGCUCGUUCAGCACUACAAAGUGCAGCUUUUGGACAAGGCAGUGGACCCAUCUGGCUGGACGAUGUCAGCUGUUUUGGAAAUGAACCAUCGAUAACAGACUGCAGACAUCCAGGGUUUGGGGUCCACAACUGUGUUCACGGUGAAGAUGCCAGUGUUGUUUGUGAAUUCCAGCACCCUCCACCCCCUCAGCUUAUCUGUGGCCGUGAUAAACUCCACGUAGGGCUGGAUAUGCCUGGCCUUACAUCCUCUGGUUUGAACCCAUUCUCUGGCAACCUGGCAGCCCGCAACUGCUCCUGGGUCAGAGUGCGUGAUGAUGUGGUGUGGUAUGAAGUGGAGGCCACAGCAGGUGCCUGUGGAAACACACUGAUGACUAAUGGCACACAUGCCAUCUACUCCAAUAGCUUGUUUAUAUACCCAAUAAACAACGUAUCCUUCGCCCUUCCUGUGAGUAUUCCCUUCUCCUGUGCGUACCCCCUGGACACAGACAGCAGCCUGAAUGUGGCGAUCAGACCAAUCCUGUCGCUGGCAGGUGGCAUUUCAGGCUCAGGUAACAAAGCCAGAGCCGUCAUGUCUCUUUUCCGCAACUCCAACUACACUGAGACUUAUCCACCCGGCCGGGUCACCCUGCCAGUGGGCUCGCCAUUGUACGUGGGAGUCUCUGUGGAAGAGAGAGAUCCAAGCUUUGCAGUUGUUCUGGAGGACUGCUACGCCACUCACUCAUCAAACCCUGACGACCCCAAGCAGUACCCUCUUAUCCUGAACAAGUGUCCCAUUGACCACGGGCAGGUGUCAGUGGUUGAGAGCGGCUCGUCCCUCCGGGCUCGUUUCUCUGCCCUGUUCUUCCUGCUCCAAAAUGAAUACAGAGACGUUUACCUUCAUUGCAGCCUCAGCCUGUGUGAACAGAGGAGCUCCUCUUGCGUUCCACCUUGCACACGUAGGACUGCUCGCUCUGUCUCUGACUCUGAUCCUCUGAGCACCCUCACCAUUGGACCAAUCAUUUGGGACGAGUCACCAAAGUGAGCUGCUAACAUGCAAUAAUACAAACACAGUAAAAUCUGUGAUAUGAUUCUUUGUUUAAAGAUAUUUUUUAUUCACAAGACAUAAGAUUUUAAAACUGUUGUAACAGUUUGUAAUACAUUUUUAUCACACUUUGUAUCCAUCCUCAGUUCUAUUGCCUUUGUAAUGGUUGUCUUAUUAAAUAACAAUUAAAAAGAAACUCCGGUGGUUAUAAUGAAAUGAAGGUACCAGUACUUUUCUUCUUCUCUGUCUCUAUUAUCAGCAUAGCCCUGAUGUGAAUAUAUUGUAUGUAUAUGAAUUUAUAUACAUAUUUUUAUUAAAGAUUUUUUUGCAUUAGUAUGA